CCCAUGCUGUCCUCGUGUCCAUGGGGCAGGAGCCUGGCGGGUGCCAGAUCCCCGCAAACGGCGCCCCACGCGCUUUGUCUGCCCCAACUGUCACUUGUUUGGUGUCUGGCUGCGACCACACAGGUUGGGAACCGAUCCCUACUCAAAGACACUGAUCUUGCUCCACCACUCUCAUGGGACUCUACCUGAGCAGGUGCCUGCACAGGUACCUGGGCACACGCAAGGCCGCCCUAGCAACACUGCCUUUGAGGCCCAGGAGAAUCACCCAGGAGCACCGACCUCUGAGGCCCAGGCCUGCCCCCCGCCCCCAGGACCCUGGCAUCUGUAAACCUGCCUCGGGACACCCAGAGCCCCGGGAUCGCUCCCAAGCCCUCCACAAGGUUCUGCACAGUGGGCAGGAGGGCGGUGGGCACCCCGCCUGGGAGGUACAAUCCGCACAGGCUGCCCCUCUGGCUACUCCUGACACCCCAACUUACCAAGGUCCGCCACGAAGGCAUGAAGCGCAGACUUCGCCACGCCCCAGACCCAGGUUGGCCCCACAGCCCUUUCAAAGUCCGAACGAAUCCCGAGGGUCCAGGGAGCCUCUACAGGUGCCCACCGUCCCAGCCGGCCCCAGACCCCUGUGCCAAGGAGACAGUGUGCUAAAGUACCUCAGCCAGUGCAACAAAGGGAAAAGGAAGUUUGAUGGAGCCCUGUGGUUUGAGGAACCUGAGCCCAAGAGGAAGCAGCAGAGCCCACAGCGCAGACCAUCUGCCUUCAGGCCCGUCAUCAGAAACGGAGUGGAGCCGUCCUUCCUGCCCAGGCCUGGGCCGCUGAAGAGAAGCGUCCGCUCCAGGGCAUCUGCCUCUGUGAGGAAGAGACUGAGCCAUGGCCUGCCCUCCAGCCUUCCUGGGGCCUCCCCUGGCCCCUGCCCCACCGGCCCCAGCUCCCAGGCCAGCCCAGGACAUGGUCUCACAGCCCCUGCUGCAGGCCUGGGAGCAGAUGCCCCACUGUCCCAGGAGCCUAGGCCUUCCUCCCCUUCCCAGGGGCCACACCAGGAGGGUCCUGCUGAGCCCGAGCACACUCAGCCCGCUCGCCUCCUUGGCUCCUAAGAGUCAGAGCCAUGCCACCCUCCUCUGAGACUCAAAGCCACAGUCCCUUUAUCCUACAGGCCCCUCUACCUGACAGGAGUCACUGAGCCAACAGCUCACUUCGUACUGCUUCUGCCUGACAGGUCUGCCACCCCCAGACCUCUUCUCCCUGCCCUGAGGAGCCCAAACUCUAAAGAGACUACUCAGAUCACAACCCUGGACUUUCCCCUGCCAGCCCUCU